UGACCAGAGAGUGGAGUAGGAUUGUUAUUCCAAACCUAUCUGCAUGCACAAGAGUGGGUAGCUCUGCGGAUCAAUUAUGCAGCCGACCUCUGCCAAAAACUUAAUUUUCUGUGAGGAGAAGCCUAAUUGGGAAGGGCCCCCGAAUCACGUACAUCAUAUUGUAGCGUGCUGCCGCACGGCUGCAUACAACCACCCACCCGCUUGUGCGGUCUUUUUUUUUUUCCGGAACCGUAUCCCGGAUAAUUUGAACUCUAAAAUCUGGCCAGCCAAUCGGAGGAGAGAAGUUUCUCACUUGCCAGAUACAGCAACAUGUGUACUGCAUCGGGUAUAUGUUUAGGUGUGAAUUCUCUUGCAAGAUUGGAACCCGGGCGCUCUUGGCAGCGAAUCCUAUUCGUGGGAUAGGCCAGCCGGAGAAAGCUGUCGCAAAAAAAGAAACCAAACAGAGCCAUGUUUACGUUGCAAUACCGGGGCUUUGUCCCAGUAUCGAGGGGAAGCG